AGGUGUUUCUUGAGCCAAGAGCUUUACCGCAGGGCCAUUGAAGCAGCAGACUCGUGCCUCAAGUUGGAUCCAGACCACCUGAAGGCGCUGCACAGGCGGAGCCUGGCUUUUGAGGCGAUCCAUUCCUACCAAGCCGCCCUACUGGAUCUCCAGGCCCUUCGAAGGCUUCAAGGUCUUUCCAUUGAGACUUUGGAUCAGCGGGAAGCAGCGCUGAAAGAGAAACAGGCCAACGUCGAACGUUCGACAAAGCAAGAGGAGGAAGACAAAGCUGAUGAUCCAGUGGGGAUGGCCAUGACGAAUGUCAAGGAACGCUUCGAUGAGAUUUGCGACAAGUACGACUUGAGAGACGGAGACGCGGCAGGGGAGGUGGCAGAUUGGCUCACUUCCGGAGAGUGGGAGGUCACGGCGAAACGUGUAGCGCAGCGAUUCAAAAUGGAGGAGGAGGAUGCACAGGUCUUUCUUGCUUGGAUCGCCCAAGGCCUUGACUUCAAGGUGCGCAACGCAGAAGCACAAGCCGAAGCAGCUGCCAUGGCGCCAUCUCCGUCGCUGCUGGACAGCUAGCCCGGUGCUGCGCUGCACUUCACUGCCGAAGAAAAAAUGUGUUCGUUGGUCCAGUUGGAUUUGCUGAUGAGAUUUUCCCAAUGGAAACGGAAAACCGGAAAAUUGGAAUAUUGGGAAAUCGGAACAUGAUCUUUCCCAAUUUUCCCAAUGAUAUUUUGCUGAAAAUCCACUACGGAAUCCUUGGGACAUCGGAAAAGGGAAUCAUUUGAGUUUUUUUUGGGUAGUCGUAACGGUUGAUACCCCUGGUGAAUGAGUCCCCGAUUUCUAGGGUGAUCCAGUUUGUUUUUGAACUGUGCCAAGCACAGCUGAGUGCGAUUCGGAUUGCUUGGGGAUGAAACAUCCCAAAAAGGCAGAGUUUUGGUGGUGAAAACAAGUAAAA